AUGAUUUUUCGAAUGUCAGAAUUAUUCAAAACUGUUGAGAAAUUGCACAAUCUUGAAUUGUAUGAGGAUCUUUCACUUUUGGCAGAAAUUCAUUUACCUAAUGAACCUUCAAAAAUAUUCGCAGAUGAUAAUGAAUUGGAUGAUGAUCAAAAAGGUUUCUUUCUUUGUUGUUUAGCAAAUGCUUGCGCUGAAUUGAACAAUACUUCACAGGCUUUAAGGCGUUAUGAAAUGGCCCUAAUAUAUUUGGGAAAUAUUCGUCAACAUAAAUUAAAAAAUCGUUAUGAAAAUGUACUCAACACCGCUCAAAUUCGUUUUUUAAUGCACAAAAUUCUCUUACAAAAUAAACAGGAAGAGGAAGCUCUCCAUUGCCUUGAAUCUAUUCCUCGAACUGAACUUACUUCGAAAGUAUUGCUUGCUAUGGCUCGUCUUUGUCAUUUGCUUGCAAAACCGCCGUCUCAAUGUACUCGAUCUUUAUUUAACAAACGAACGGAUGCGCCAAAUACUCGAAUUGUCAAUUAUUUUAAAGCAAUCGUAAAAGAUGUGCCAGAGGCUAUUUAUUGUCAGAGCUAUUUGUUGACUGCUGGGGCACUUAAACCUUCACAACAGUCCCCUCUUUCGACAAGUUCAAAAACACGUUCUAGCCCAUCUAAUGUCGAAUUGUCGAAAGAUUUUAUCGGCACGUUUUCUGAAGCUUCUCGCAUUUGGGCUGAAGCCAAACAACUUCAGGCUAAAAAACAAUACAUGGAUGCUGCAAAAAUGUUGGAUAACCAAUUAAAUGGUUUGAAUUUGCGAUUUCUCUUGGAACAAGCUCUAUUUUAUCGAAUAGCUGGUGAUCAACAAAAGGCCUUGGCGUGUUAUCAACAGGCACAUCUUUUGGAUUCCACAAAUGCUGAAGGAAUGGAUACAUUUGCCUCUCUUCUAGGAACUCAUUAUAAUGCCCAACAAACUCAACGUGAACUUGAUUUAUUGGCCCAUAAAAUGGUUCAUUCUAAUCCGCGUCGGGCCGAAGCGUUUGUUGUUUAUGGUUGGGCUGCUCGGCAAUCUCAUAGAAUGGCGGAAGCUAGACAGUUUGCACAAAGAGCUGAACAACUCGCUCAAAAGAGAGGAAGACAACGUUGUGAAGCAUUGCUUCUUAAAGCUCAACUGCUAUUUGAUACAAAGCGACAUUACAAGGAGAUGGAAAUGGUUUUAGCUGAUGCGUUGCACAAUGACUGCACCAAUACAGCUGUAUAUGCCCUCUAUAUUCAAAUAUUUAUGGCUCAAAAGCGCUUUGGCGAAGCCCAAAGGAUGGCAAAAACAUCUUUGCGAUUUGUGGGUCAACAAAAUCACCAAAUACUUUUCCUUUUUGCCCAAUCGUUGGCUGAUGAUCCUGCUGGUGGCGGACAGAACAGGCGGUUGUUACGCUUGAAAAAAUGGUUCAGGAUGGGCAUUGUCAUUCUUUGGAACUACUUUUAUUGCUUUCCCGCCUCUAUGAUCGGCAACACAAAUAUGAUAAAGCAAUUAUGUUGCUUAAUCGCUUCAAGGAGUUAUGGAGAUUCAAGAAUUCACCGCGAGCUAGGGGACCUUUUAUCAAAAACAAAUCGACAAAUGGAGGCGAUGGGUGAGUAUGGGCAAGCAAUGAAUGGAAAUAAUCCUGAUACUAUUGCUAAAGAAAGAAUGAUUGCACUUAUGGGUGGUCUCACUACUCCACAAAACGUUACAAAUGCAGCAUUCAAAAAUGGUUCUUCUGGUUCUACUUCUAAUAAUGCUACCACUAAUGCAACGAACACUUCACGUUCAUCAUUCGAAAGGGCUAUUCGAGUACCUCCGCCAAUAACGCGUGUUACAAGACGAACUGCUGCUAAUCAACAUGAACAGUUACGUAGACUUCGAGGAAUGGGUACAUACUCGGCUACUGGUUCGCCUGAGUCUAGUGUGGGUGGUUCUCGUGCACAAUUCCGUCGGAUGGCUGCUGUUCGUGGUUUGCAUAGUGGACGAGGUCUUAUUAGCGAACCGCUUUCUUCUGGAUUACUAUCACGCCCUCUUCAAUUUCAAGAUGAUGUUUCGAACGAGGAUGAUAGUAGUAGAGAGAGUUCAAACGAUUCCCAGUUAAGUUUGGUUGCUGAUUCUUUGGAACAAUCGCCCAACAAUUCGUCGUCUGUUCUGGAGCAAGCACGAGGAAGUAAUAAUUCCACCGUUGUUGAUAGUUCUGAUUAUAGAGCUGAUCGGAAUUCUCUUUUCCGUCACAUGACUCACUUGAGUGAUAUUCAAAGCUAUUUUACAAAUGAGAGUUUAGCAACAACUGAAGAAGGGAGUGGACCUUCUGUAUCGUCAACCAAUGUUUCUACUACAGCUACGAGUAGUGUUGGGACAACAACGUUGAGAGGUGUUGAUGCAACAACUGAAACUACUACUACAAUUACUACUAUGGCCGGCUCCUCUCUCCGAUCAGUCGAUGAUUUUGUGCCAUUAAUUCCUGAUGAGCAAUUGUUGGAUGAAGAAAUGAGUAUUGAUAAUCAAAAUCCUGAAGAGGAAGAAAUUGAAAUUGAAGGAAACAGUCAAUAAAUGUUUUAAGUAUUUUUUUUCUAUUUAACGUUUUUUUAAUAUCUUCUUUCAUUUCUUUUAUCCAACUUU